CCAACCGGAGGAAGCGCUCGUGGCAGGGAUAGUUUCAAGAUCGUCCAUGUGCCUCCGAUUAGUUUUACCUGCAGCAUGUUGCUUUGGACAGAAACUUGCAUUUUUAAGAAACUCAUCCGAAAAAAACAAAACGCGUUUGUUUCGUUGUGAAAAGCUAAGCAGCUCAAUGAAAGCUCAAGACUUCUUGAAUUGGACGGGCAGCCUGUGGGUAUUUGGUUACGGAUCCUUAGUGUGGAAGCCUGAUUUUCUCUACCAGAGGAGAAAAAUAGGCUACAUCAAGGGCUACAAAAGGCGUUUCUGGCACGGAGACGACUUUUAUCGAGGAGACAAGGAAAACCCAGGAAGAGUGGUAACACUGGUGGAGGACCAGGUGGCUUGUACAUGGGGCGUGGCCUAUGAGGUGUCAGAUACUCAGAUAAAAGAGGCCUUGCAGUACCUCAACAUGAGAGAAGUGACGAUGGGAGGAUACGUAACAGAGAUGGUGGAGUUCAUCCCUCAGGAGAAGGCCAAAGACACCAUCCCCGCCCUCGUCUACAUCGCCACGUCUGACAGCCCCGCUUACCUGGGACCCGCUUUGGACCAGGAGAUCGCCAACCAGAUUGCCGUCUGCAGGGGCAAGACGGGCCACAACAUCGAAUAUCUGCUCCGGCUCGCGUACUUCAUGCGACACUGCUGCCCCGAGGCGGAUGACGAGCACCUCUUCUCCAUCGAGGCAGCUGUGUUGAACAUUUACCACAACUGUGGAACACUAAACUCCUUCCUCGUGAAGUCAGUUUAAAAGACAUAAAGCACUUUACAUUAUUAUGCCGUUUAAAUGUCACAUGAAUUAAAUGUAGCAGAUGCUUUUGCCUGACUUACAAGCACUUAAUUUUUAUAUCUGAUUCUUGUUUCAUGCAUGUGAUGCAUUUUUUAAACUCACUAAAUACGUUUACAUUUCCUGUAUACUGUAUACAUUUGUUAAUUUUAUUUUAAUACUAAACAUGCCUUCAUUAAAUGGUGCUCCGAGUCCUG